AUGCAUUUUGUUAGAGCAAAAGUGGGAAGACUGGAUCCUCAGGCUCCUUUCGGAAAAGAGUUAAUAAUUAAUGAUGACCAAAUUCUAUGGCAUCCAAGUUUUAACCAGGUGUUGCCUAUUUCUGUGUGCAAUGACAACUGCCAACCUGGCUACAGCAGGAAAAAGAAGGAGGGAGAAAAAUUUUGCUGCUACGAUUGUGCUCCAUGUGCAGAAGGGAUGAUCUCUAAGCAGAUAGAUAUGGAUGCCUGCGUCAAAUGUCCAGAAGACCAGUUUCCCAAUAUGGACCAAACUCAAUGCAUUCCCAAAGCUGUAAGCUACCUCUCUUACAAAGAAACAUUAGGGAUCACCUUAGCUAUCUUAGCCAUUUCCUUUGCCUUUAUCACAACUUCAAUACUUGGAAUUUUUGUGAAGCACAAGGACACUCCCAUAGUCAAAGCCAACAAUAGGACCCUCACCUACAUCCUUCUCGUCUCUCUCCUUCUUUGCUUCCUCUGUUCCUUACUCUUCAUUGGACAGCCUGGGAAGGUCAUCUGCCUUCUCCGACAAACAGCCUUUGGCAUCAUGUUCUCUGUGGCCCUUUCCAGCACCUUGGCAAAAACCAUCACCGUGGUUCUGGCAUUCAUGGCAACCCAGCCAGGAUCCAGAAUGAGAAAAUGGGUGGGGAAGAGAAUGGCAAAUUCAAUUGUCCUCUCCGGCUCCUUUCUUCAAGCUGGCAUUUGUUCUCUUUGGUUAUGUACUUUCCCUCCAUUCCCAGAUAUGGACAAGCACUCAGUGACUGGUGAAAUGCUACUGGAAUGUAAUGAGGGUUCAGCUAUCAUGUUCUACUAUGUCAUAGGCUACAUGGGUUCCUUGGCCAUUGUCAGCUUCAUUUUGGCUUUCCUAGCCAGGAAGUUGCCAGACAGUUUCAAUGAGGCCAAAUUUAUCACUUUCAGCAUGUUGGUGUUUUGCAGUGUUUGGCUGACUUUUGUCCCAACGUACCUGAGCACCAAAGGAAAAUACAUGGUGGCUGUGGAGAUCUUCUGCAUCUUAUCAUCCAAUGCUGGGUUACUGGCUUGCAUCUUUUUCCCUAAAUGCUACAUCAUUGUACUGAGGCCUGAACUGAAUAACAGGGAGCAACUAAUAAGGAAAACCAAGUGA